AUGCCCAGUCUUUCUUUUUCCCUUUUACAAUCUCUCUCACUCACUCUCUCUCUCUCUCUCUCUCUCUCUAUCUAUCUAUCUAUCUAUCAUUCAUAUUUUUCCUGUGUCUUUCUCUAUCUCUCACUCAGUUUUUUCCUAUCUAUCUAUGUUUCUGUCUCUCUCACUCUAUCUCUCUCUCUAUUUAUCACCUAUCUAUCUAUCUAUCUAUCUAUCUAUCUAUCUAUCUAUCUAUCUAUCUAUCUUUUCGCCUUAUAUAUAUAUAUAUUUUCUCUCUACCUCCCUCUGUCACGUUCUCUUUCUCUCUCUCUGUUAUCCUCUCUCUCUCUCUCCAUCUAUCUAUCUAUCUAUCUAUCUAUCUAUCUAUCUAUCUAUCUAUCUUUCUCUCAUUUCUUUUUCAGAAUUUUGACCCUAGCUUUCCGUAUCAGUAUUUUUUCAAUCUUCUCAUAUUCAUCUAUCCUUCUGAAAUAUUUCCUUUCUUCAUCAUAUCAAUAUUUUCCCAUCUCUUUCAGUAUUUUUCCAUCUCCCCCAUUCUUAUUUCAUUUAACCCAUUCCAUUUCUUUUUCUUUAGAUAGAUAUUAUACUUUUCCCCAUAUCCCUAACCAUUUAAAACUUUUUUUAAUUCUUCCUUUCUUUCAUUCUUUCUUUCGAUCAUUCUUUCUUUCUUUCUUUCUUUCUUUUUCUUUACGUAUUUCUCCUUUUCUAUCUUUCUAUCUUUCUUUUUUCUAUCUUUCUUUAUUUAUCUCCUUCAUCCAUUCUUUUUUUACUUUCUUUCCUUCUUUCUUUUUUUUCCCCAUAACUCUAACCAUUUAUAAUUCAUUUCUUUUCUUUCUUUCCUUUUUUUUUGAUCAUUCUUUCUUUAUUUUUUCUUUCUUUCAAUAUUUCUUUCAUUCUUUCUUUCUUUACUCAUUUCUCCUUUUCUAUCUUUCUUUCUUUCUUUUUCCUUUCUUUCCUGAUUUAUCUUCUUCAUCCUUUCCUUUUUUUACUUUCUUUCCUUCUUUCUUUUGUCAUUUCUAUUUUUCUUUCUUUCUUUUUCUAAUCCCUUCUGAUUUCAGCAUUACUUUUCGCUCUUUUUUGUCUGAUCUGACUAUUAACAAUUUCCAAUUUCCUACCUUUAUCCAUUUUUCUAAAAUACUUUCUUUCUUUCUUCUUCGGACAAUAUUUUCCUUUGCUUUUACUCAUUCUUACUCUCUCUCUCUAUUUCUUUGUUUCUUUUUAAAACUCAUUCUUUCUGUUUUUUCAUUCUUUCUUUCUUUCAGCCUUUCAACCUUUCUUUAUUUAUUUCUCCUUUUCUUUCUUUCUUUUUUUCUUUCUUUCAUUCAUCCUUUUUUUUUUCAUUUUUUCUUUGUAGCUUUCUUUCUUCCUUUUUCCUUUCUUUCCUUAUUUAUCUUCUUCAUCCUUUCCUUUUUUUUACUUUCUUUCCUUUUUUCUUUUGUCAUUUCUAUUUUUCUUUCUUUCUUUUUCUUAUAA